CAAAGAUGAGUCCUCUAUCUAUCUCUAUGGCCGCACACCAUUGUUCAGAAUCUGUGCUGUGAAGACGGUGCUUUUUGUCUCAAUUUCUAUUUGUUACUACAGAUUAAGUCUGAGGCCGGUAACAUCAACAGUGAGGACAAACCCAGCCUGCCUCUCUCCUUCCACACUGUGUCCAAACCUACAGUCACUGGGUCCUGAUUGUGUCAGUCGAGCCCAAUUUAUACAGCAGGAUUCAGAGAUGGCAUCAGUGAAACUGGAAGACUGCAGUCAAACACUGGAGCUGAAUGUCAACAUUAAAGAUGAAGAAGAGGAGGAGAAGAUUGGGAAGUCUGUUUCUCAUGGUAUGAGGCCGGUAACAUCAACAGUGAGGACAAACCCAACCUGCCUCUCUCCUUCCGCACUGAGUCCAAACCUACAGUCACUGGGUCCUGAUAGUGACAGUGGAGCCCAGUUUUCACUGCAGGAUCCAGAGAUGGCAUCAGUGAAGCUGGAAGACUGCAGUCAAACACUGGAGCUGAACGUCAACAUUAAAGAUGAAGAGGAGGAGGAGAAGAUUGGGAAAUCUGUUUCUCAUGGACCACUAGAAUUAAGUCUGAGGCCGGUAACAUCAACAGUAACGACAAACCCAGCCUGUCUCUCUCCUUCCACACUGAGUCCAAACCCACAGUCACUGGGUCCUGAUUGUGACAGUGGAGCCCAGUUUGCACUGCAGGAUCCAGAGAUGGCAUCAGUGAAGCUGGAAGACUGCAGUCAAGCACUGGAGCUGAAUGUCAUCAUUAAAGAUGAAGAAGAAGAGGAGGAGAAGAUUGGGACAUCUGUUUCUCAUGGAGACCAUGUUGAGACAUUCUCUACAUCCAGAGAGCAACAGCAGGAAGAUCACAGAGUGAAGAGGUCUCACCACUGCCCACAUUGUGAGAAGAUUUUCCCAUUUCUAUCAAAGCUAAAAAUACACCUAAAAAUACACACUGGAGAGAAUCGGUAUUCCUAUACUGACGGUGGGAAGAAUUUUACAACAUCCAAGGCUCUGACAGUUCAUCAAAGAGUGCACACAAGAGAGAAGACUUACUCCUGCUCUGACUGUGUAAAAUGCUUCACAACAUCAACUUGGCUAAAAGUUCAUCAGAGAACACACACAGGAGAGAAGCCCUACUCCUGCUCUGAUUGUAUAAAAUGCUUCACAACAUCAGCUAAGCUAAAAGUUCACAAGAGAACACACACAGGAGAGAAGCCUUACUUCUGCUCUGCCUGUUCGGCGAGUUUCUCUCAUAUGUGCAACUUAAAACGACAUGAACGUAUACACACAGAGAAGAUUUACUCCUGCUCUAACUGUGCGGCGAGUUUCUCUCUACUGUGCAAAUUAAAACGACAUGAAUGUAUACACACAGGAGAGAAGCCUUACUCCUGCUCGGACUGUGGAAAGAGUUUCUCUCGACUGAGCCACUUAAAAACACAUGAACAAAAACAUACAGGAGAGAAGCCUUACUCCUGCUCUGACUGUGGAAAGAGUUUCUCUCUACUGGCCCACUUAAAAAUUCACCAAUACAUACAUACGGGAGAGAAGCCUUACUCCUGCUCUGACUGUGGAAAGAGUUUCUCUCGACCGGGCCACUUAAAAACACACGAACAAAAACAUACAGGAGAGAAGCCUUUCUCCUGUUCUGACUGUGUAAAAUGCUUCACAACAUCAACUGAGCUAAAGGUUCAUCAAAGAACACACACAGGAGAGAAGCCGUACUCCUGCUCUGACUGUGUAAAAUGCUUCCCAACAUCAACUAGGUUAAAAUUUCAUCAGAGAACACACACAGGAGAGAAGCCUUUCAUCUGCUCUGACUGUGCAGCGAGUUUCUCUUUACUGUGCAACUUAAAGCGACAUGAAAGUAUACACACAGGGGAGAAGCCUUACUCCUGCUCUGACUGUGCAGCGAGUUUCUCUCUACUGUGCAACUUAAAGCGACAUGAACGUAUACACACAGGAGAGAAGCCUUAUCACUGCACUGACUGUGAGAAGAGAUUCUACAGAUUGGGCCAUUUAAAAAGACACCAAUGUGUACAUAAAGGAGAGAAGCCUCAUCAGUUCUCUCAAUCCAGCUGAGAUUGGACUUCAUUCUCAUGUCAUUAAAUAAUUGGCAAGGAUGAAUUGGAUCAAAUGAAGAAAGCGUAGAACACUCUAUUGUAAUCCUAUAGUUUCUCACUGUUAGAGAACUGUGCAGAGGAAAGGGAGAGUAAUAUAAUGUUAGCCUCUCUUUACUUUACUGAUCAGUGUGCACCUUGUCAGUUUUGGUGAGUUUUGUUAGUUUCUACUGUAAAGAUAUUGAGAUUAAUUUAUGGUUGAAUAUCCUCUGUGAGGCGUCUCACACUGGAUUCUGAAGGUUGACUGGGUGGUACUGCUUCCCUCUGCAGUUUUCUGUGGGAAUGAGCUAGUAGACACAACAUACUCUGAGUGUACCAAACAUUAACGACACCUGCUCUUUUCAUGACAUAAACUGACCAGGGGAAUGAUGAUCGCUAUGAUCGUUAAUAAUGUAGUUUUUGUGUAUUUAUUAUGGAUCCCCAUUAGCUUUCAGCAAGAAACAAGAAACUGCAGUUGCAAUGGGCUAAGGAAUGAAAACACUGGAAAGUUGGAAACCUACUGCCUGGUCUGAUGAAUCCCUGUUCCUGCUGUUUCAUGCUGAUGGGAGGACUGGGGUAUGGAGGAAACCACGAGUACAUACAUCCAGUGGUGGAAAAAGUACCUAACUGUCAGACUGCGUAAAAGUAAUGAAACCUUAAUAGAAAAUUACUCAAGUGAAUGUGAUAGUCACCCAAUAAAAUACUGCUUGAGUAAAAGUAUUUGGUUGUAAAUAUACUUAAGUAUCAAAAGUAAAAUUAUGAAUAAUUUCAAAUUCCUGAAAUUAAGCAAACCAGAUGGCACAUUUCUAUUGUUUUUUUUAUAUCACGGAUAGCCAGGUGAAGAUUCCAACACUCAGACAUCAUUUACUAACAAAGCAUUUGUGUUUAGUGAGUCUUCCAGAUCAGAGGCAGUGGGGAUGACCAGGGAUGUUCUCUUGAUAAGUGUGUGAACUGGACCAUUUUCUGUCCUGCUAUAAUCAUAAAAAAUGUAACAAGUACUUUUGGGUGUCAGGGAAAAUGUAUGGAGUAAAAAGUACAUUUUCUUUAGGAAUGUAGUGAAGUAAAAGUUGCCAAAAAUAUAAAUAGUGAAGUACAGGUGCCACC